AUGGUGCUUGCCAGCCAUCCAGAUGCCGCAUCCCCAGUGCUGGCCCACUUUUCGUUGAAGGGCAAAAAUGCGAUCGUCACCGGGGGAUCUAAAGGCAUCGGCUUGGAAGUCGCGAGAGGGCUGUUGGAAGCCGGAGCAUCGGUCGCCAUCACGUACGCCUCAACGCCGCUGGAUCAAGUCGAAGCUCUGAUUGACGGCCUGGCAGUGUCUGCGGGACCUAGAGCCACAGUCAAGGCAUACCACUGCGUCGCCGAGGACCGGGAUUCCGUCUUCACAGCCGUCAACAGCGCGGCUGAAAACUUCGGCGGCAGACUGGACAUAGUGGUGGUCAAUGCCGGCUAUGGUGAAGACUGUCCAGCCGAGGACUACCCUGAGGACAAGUUCAGGAAGAUAUUCGAUGUCAACGUCAGUGGCGCUUUUUGGACGGCCCAACGAGCUGCGCAGAUUAUGAAGGGAACUCCGGACUUUCAUAGCGGGAGCAUCAUCUUCACUUGCAGCAUCAGCGCCACGCUCGUCAAUAUUCCGCAGCAUCAAUCAGCCUAUAAUGCAAGCAAAGCUGCCGUGUUGCAACUUUCUAGGAGUCUGGCAGUCGAGUGGGUGGACUUCGCCAGAGUGAACUGCAUUUCUCCGGGCGUGAUCGCCACUAAGAUGAUUAAUAAGCUUCCUCUUGAAUGGAGAGAGCAUUGGUUGUCUAGGCUACCGGGCGGGCGCUUCUGUGAACCAGCCGAGUUGAAGGGCGCGUACGUCUUUCUGGCUAGUGAUGCUAGCAGCUAUAUGACUGGGGGUAACAUGGUCAUUGAUGGAGGUUUCACUCUUCCCUGA